AGUGCGGCGCGGGCGGGGGGAGGGGGCGCGGCGGAGCGCGAGGUUGGGGUCCGGCCGCGGGGGAUUAAGUUUCUUGCUUGCGCGUGAGUGUGCCUGCGCGUUCAUCCCGAAGCUCCUCGACGGGCCGUUACUUGAGAAGAGAAGAGAGAGAACGUGGGCGAGGCCGGGCACUCCGAGUCCCUGGAAACCCCGGCUCCCCAGCCUCUGCCCCGCUCCGUCCCCGCGCGGGGCCGCUGCCGCGAGCCGGAGUUCCAUUUUGGCUGCUGUUUAUAGAGAAGAACACUGAACAUUAAAAAAAUAUGUUAGACACUAUAGACAAAAACCGGGCCCUGCAGGCCGCAGAGCGCUUGCAAGCCAAGCUGCGAGAGCGUGGGGACGUGGCAAAUGAAGACAAACUGAACCUUCUCAAGUCAGUCUUGCAGAGCCCACUCUUCAGUCAGAUUCUGAGCCUUCAGACUUCUGUGCAGCAGCUGAAAGACCAGGUAAACAUUGCAGCGUCGGCCAUUUCAAAUGUAGAUUGUGCCCAUAUUCCGCAUCUCAGCCCAGCUACAGCUGUGCAGCAUGAAUCGUUUUUAUCAUCCCAAAACAAUGGCAAUCUGGAAGCCCUUACAACAGCAUCAGGUACUCCACACAUCAAUGGGAAACAUGCUUGUGAUGAAUUUGAUCAACUGAUUAAAAAUAUGGCCCAGGGUCGCCAUGUAGAAGUGUUUGAGCUCCUCAAACCUCCCUGCGGAGGCCUCGGCUUCAGUGUUGUGGGACUGAGGAGUGAAAACCGGGGGGAACUGGGGAUAUUUGUGCAGGAGAUCCAAGAGGGCAGUGUGGCUCACAGAGAUGGAAGACUGAAGGAAACUGAUCAAAUCCUUGCUAUCAAUGGACAGGCACUUGACCAGACAAUCACACAUCAGCAGGCUAUCAGCAUCCUUCAGAAAGCCAAAGAAAAUGUCCAGCUGGUUAUUGCCAGAGGCUCGCUGCCUCAGCUCAUCAGCCCCAUCAUCUCCCGGUCCCCGUCUGCGGCUAGCACAAUUUCAGCUCACUCUAAUCCGGUUCACUGGCAGCAUGUGGAAACCAUUGAAUUGGUGAAUGAUGGAUCUGGCCUGGGGUUUGGCAUUGUAGGAGGCAAAGCAACUGGCGUGAUAGUGAAGACCAUUCUGCCCGGAGGGGUGGCUGAUCAGCAUGGGCGAUUGUGCAGUGGAGACCACAUUCUAAAGAUUGGUGACACUGACCUAGCAGGAAUGAGCAGUGAGCAGGUGGCACAAGUCCUCCGGCAGUGUGGGAACAGAGUGAAACUGGUGAUUGCCAGAGGCGCCAUGGAGGAACCGGCUGCGCCCACUGUGUGCUCAUCCCCAUGCUCUACACCCGAGAUGCGGGUUGAUGCUUCCACUCAGAAAAGUGAAGAAAGUGAGACAUUUGAUGUAGAACUCACUAAAAAUGUCCAAGGAUUAGGAAUUACCAUUGCUGGUUACAUUGGAGAUAAAAAAUUAGAACCUUCAGGAAUCUUUGUAAAGAGCAUUACAAAGAGCAGUGCUGUUGAACAUGAUGGAAGAAUCCAAAUUGGAGACCAAAUCAUAGCAGUGGAUGGCACAAACCUUCAGGGUUUUACCAAUCAACAAGCAGUGGAGGUGUUGCGACACACAGGACAAACUGUGCACCUGACACUAAUGAGGAGGGGAGCAAAGCAGGAAGCUGAGCUCGAGUCCAGGGAGGAUGGCACCAAAGAUGCUGUUUUGUGUCCUGUUAAUGCCAGCAUAAGCAAAGAAAAUUAUGAAAAAGAUGAACAUUCUUUAUGUUUGAGGAGAAAUACCAGCAUAUUACCAAUUGAAAAAGCAGGUUAUCCAUUACUGUUAGCUGAGAUAGAAGAAGUAGAAGACACACAACAACAGGAAGCUGCCCUGCUGGCAAAGUGGCAAAGGAUUAUGGGAAUUAAUUAUGAAAUUGUGGUGGCCCAUGUGAGCAAGUUCAGUGAGAACAGCGGGUUGGGGAUAAGUCUGGAAGCAACAGUGGGACACCAUUUUAUCCGGUCUGUUCUACCAGAAGGUCCUGUUGGACACAGUGGGAAGCUUUUCAGUGGAGAUGAGCUGUUGGAAGUGAAUGGCAUAACUUUGCUUGGGGAAAAUCACCAAGAUGUGGUGAAUAUUUUAAAGGAAUUGCCUAUAGAAGUAACCAUGGUGUGCUGUCGCCGAACUGUGCCACCUGCCACCCAAUCAGAAUUGGAUAGCCUGGACUUAUGUGACAUUGAAAUAACAGAAAAGCCUCAUAUAGAUCUAGGCGAGUUCAUCGGGUCUUCGGAGACAGAGGAUCCUGUGCUGGAGAUGACUGAUGUGGUUCAGAAUGCACAGAAGGUUCAAGGACCUUUGGCCAUGUGGGAGGCUGACAUUCAGCACAUCGAGCUGGAGAAAGGGAGCAGAGGACUUGGUUUUAGCAUUUUAGAUUAUCAGGAUCCAAUUGAUCCAGCAAGCACUGUGAUCGUAAUUCGUUCUUUGGUGCCUGGUGGCAUUGCUGAAAAGGAUGGACGACUUCUUCCUGGAGACCGACUCAUGUUUGUCAAUGAGGUUAACUUGGAAAACAGCAGUCUUGAAGAAGCUGUGCAGGCACUGAAGGGUGCACCGUCAGGAAUUGUGAAAAUAGGAGUUUCCAAGCCUUUACCACUCUCACCAGAAGAAGGUUAUGUUUCUGCUAAGGAGGACUCCUUUCUCUACCCCCCACACUCCUGUGAGGAGGAAGGGCUGGCUGACAAAGCCCUCUUCAGGGCUGACUUGGCUCUGGUGGACACAAAUGAUGCUGACCUAGCAAAUGAGUCUGCAUUUGAGUCUCAGUACUCUCCUGAUAAUGACAGUAUCUACUCUACACCAGCUUCUAUUUUAUCUCUUCAUGGCAGUGCUUGUAGUGAUGUCUUGAACUACGGCCCCUCCCUUCCAUCAUCUCCCCCCAAGGAUGUUACUGAAAAUUCUUCAGAUCCAGUACUUGACCUGCACAUGUCCUUGGAAGAAUUGUACACCCAGAGUCUCCUGCAAAGACAGGGUGAGAGUCCACCUUCAGGAGACUUGAGCAUGAGGCCUGUUUCUGGCUUUACCAUAAAUGAUUAUGCGCCUGCAAAUGCUAUUGAACAACAGUAUGAAUGUGAAAACCUGAGAGUGUGGACUGAAUCUCACCUCCCAAAUGAAGUUAUAUCAAGUGCAGAACUUAUUUCUCCUCUGCUACCUGAUUCAGCUGGAAAGGGCUCUGAGUUCUUAAAUCAACAGAACUCUCUGGCCUCUGCUGCUGAGUGUGUCAUGCUUCACAAUAUGUCCAGAGAAUCUUUUGAGAGGACUAUUAUUAUAGCAAAAGGCAAUUCUAGUCUAGGGAUGACAGUAAGUGCUAAUAAAGAUGGCUUGGGAAUGAUUGUUAGAAGCAUUAUUCACGGAGGUGCCAUUAGUCGAGAUGGCAGGAUUGCUGUUGGAGACUGCAUCUUGUCUAUUAAUGAAGAAUCUACCAUCAGUUUAACCAAUGCCCAGGCACGAGCCAUGUUGAGAAGACAUUCUCUCAUUGGGCCCGACAUAAAAAUUACUUAUGUGCCUGCAGAGCAUUUGGAAGAUUUUAGAAUAAACCUGGGACAACAACCUGGAGGAAUAAUGGCACUGGAUAUUUUUUCUUCAUAUACUGGCAGAGACAUUCCAGAAUUGCCAGAGCGAGAAGAAGGAGAGGGAGAAGAAAGUGAACUUCAGAAUGCAGCGUACAGCAAUUGGAAUCAGCCCCGGCGGGUUGAGCUUUGGAGAGAACCAAGCAAAUCCUUGGGCAUCAGCAUUGUUGGUGGACGAGGGAUGGGGAGUCGUCUAAGCAACGGUGAAGUGAUGAGGGGCAUUUUCAUCAAGCAUGUUCUGGAAGAUAGUCCAGCUGGGAAAAAUGGAACCUUGAAACCUGGAGAUAGAAUAGUAGAGGUGGAUGGCAUGGACCUCAGAGAUGCAAGCCACGAACAAGCUGUGGAAGCCAUUCGGAAAGCAGGCAACCCCGUAGUCUUUAUGGUACAGAGCAUUAUAAACAGACCAAGGAAACCCCCCUUGCCUUCCUUGCCGCACAACCUUUACCCUAAGUUCAGCUUCAGCAGCACUAACCCAUUUGCUGACUCUCUGCAGUUCAACGCUGACAAGGCACCCAGUCAGUCUGAAACAGAGCCAGAAAAGGCUCCAUUGUGCAGUGUGCCUCCACCCCCUCCUUCAGCAUUUGCAGAAAUGAGCAGUGACCAAGCCCCAUCAUCUGCGAGCAAAGUCUCAGAAGUGGACAAAGAGGAUGAGUUUGGGUAUAGCUGGAAAAAUAUCAGAGAACGUUAUGGAACUCUCACAGGCGAGCUACAUAUGAUUGAACUGGAGAAAGGUCGUAGUGGUUUGGGUCUCAGUCUUGCUGGGAACAAAGACCGAUCCAGAAUGAGUGUCUUUAUAGUGGGGAUUGAUCCAAAUGGAGCAGCUGGGAAAGAUGGUCGAUUACAGAUUGCAGAUGAGCUUCUAGAGAUCAAUGGUCAAAUUUUAUAUGGAAGAAGUCAUCAGAAUGCUUCAUCAAUCAUUAAAUGUGCCCCUUCUAAAGUAAAAAUAAUUUUUAUCAGAAAUAAAGAUGCAGUGAGUCAGAUGGCUGUAUGUCCUGGAAAUACAGUGGAAGCUUUGUCUUCUACCUCAGAGAAUCUUCAAAAUAAGGAGGCUGAACCAAGUGUUGCAACUUCUGAGGCAGCUGUGGACCUCAGUUCAUUUAAAAAUGUCCAACACCUGGAGCUUCCCAAGGAUCAAGGGGGUUUGGGCAUUGCUAUCAGUGAGGAGGACACGCUCAGCGGGGUCAUCAUAAAGAGCUUAACAGAGCAUGGGGUAGCAGCCAAGGAUGGACGGCUCCAAGUUGGAGACCAAAUCUUGGCUAUAGAUGAUGAAGUUGUUGUUGGCUAUCCUGUUGAAAAGUUUAUUAGCCUUUUGAAAACAGCAAAGACAACAGUGAAACUUACCAUUCGUUCUGAGAAUCCAGAUUCCCAGGCUCUUGCUUCAGCAGCUGGUACAACCAGUGAAGAAAAAAAGAACAGUCCCCAGUCUGCAAUGGUUCCACGAGCUGGCUCCCCGGAACCGGAGCCUGUCCGAGGUACAAGCAGGUCAUCGACACCAGCAGUCUUUGCUUCUGACCCUGCCACCUGCCCCAUCAUCCCAGGCUGCGAGACGACGAUUGAGAUCUCCAAAGGGCGGACGGGGCUGGGCCUGAGCAUCGUUGGGGGGUCCGACACACUGCUGGGUGCCAUUAUUAUCCAUGAAGUUUAUGAAGAAGGAGCAGCAUGUAAAGAUGGAAGACUCUGGGCCGGCGAUCAGAUUUUAGAGGUGAAUGGAAUUGACUUGAGAAAGGCCACACACGAUGAAGCGAUAAAUGUCCUGAGACAGACACCACAAAGAGUACGCCUGACACUCUACAGAGACGAGGCCCCAUACAAAGAGGAGGACGUGUGUGACACCCUCACUGUUGAGCUGCAGAAGAAACCUGGGAAAGGCCUGGGGUUAAGCAUUGUUGGUAAAAGAAAUGACAGCGGAGUAUUUGUGUCAGACAUUGUCAAAGGAGGAAUUGCAGAUGCUGAUGGAAGACUGAUGCAGGGAGACCAGAUAUUAAUGGUGAAUGGAGAAGAUGUUCGUAAUGCUACCCAGGAAGCUGUUGCUGCUUUGCUAAAGUGUUCCCUAGGCACAGUGACCUUGGAAGUAGGAAGAAUCAAAGCUGGACCAUUCCAUUCAGAGAGGAGGCCCUCUCAGAGCAGCCAGAUGAGCGAAUGCAGCCUGUCAUCCUUCACUUUCCCGCCCUCUGCGUCCAGUGCAUCUGAGUCGCUGGAAAGGAGCUCGAAGAAGAAUGCACUAGCAUCCGAAAUACAGGGAUUAAGAACAGUUGAAAUAAAAAAGGGGCCUUCUGAUUCGUUGGGAAUCAGCAUUGCUGGAGGAGUAGGCAGCCCACUUGGCGAUGUUCCUAUAUUUAUCGCCAUGAUGCACCCGAAUGGAGUGGCAGCUCAGACCCAGAAACUCAGAGUUGGGGAUAGGAUUGUCACUAUUGGUGGCACAUCCACUGAGGGCAUGACUCACACCCAAGCAGUUAACUUACUGAAAAGUACCCCUGGCUCCAUUGAAAUGCAGGUGGUUGCUGGAGGAGACGUGAGCGUGGUCACAGGUCACCAGCAGGAGCCGGCCAGCUCCAGCCUUUCUUUCUCUGGGUUGACGUCAAGCGGUAUAUUUCAGGACGAUCUGGGACCUCCUCAGUGUAAGUCUAUUACACUAGACCGCGGACCAGAUGGCUUGGGCUUCAGUAUAGUAGGAGGGUAUGGCAGCCCUCAUGGAGACUUACCCAUUUAUGUUAAAACAGUGUUUGCGAAGGGAGCAGCCUCUGAAGAUGGGCGUCUGAAAAGGGGUGAUCAGAUCAUUGCUGUCAAUGGGCAGAGCCUGGAAGGGGUAACCCACGAAGAAGCCGUUGCCAUCCUCAAGCGGACGAAAGGCACUGUCACGCUGGUGGUUCUCUCCUGAAGUUCACCCCCGCUCACUCGCAUGUCACACUGUAAAGAGAAAGGGACUGGUCCUUCAGGAGGCUUUUCCCAUACUGUGUUCAUCUUGCUCUUCAGAACUGUAGGGAGAAACACCAGUUAGGUGUGUGACACUCACAGGGGAACAACUUUCUCACUGAUAGCUAAGCGUCAUGUCCCCUCUCUCCUUGUACAUUGUGAACAUGCACUCAAAGGUGGGACUGUCUGCCUAGUUAAAUCAUUCUUUCUCCAGGAAGAUACCUGACACUUCAUGGUAACAUGGGUGAAAAUUAUUGUGUGCUGAACUGGUUAGUAAAGGGAGAAAAAAGAAUUCUAAAGCUAACCUAAGAGAAAUGGCUUCAGUAAGUUAGGGUGAAAGUGAAAAUAUAAAAUAAAGAAGAAAAUGUCAAGCUUUAUAAAAGCUUCUUAUAUUUUGUCAAUCUACCCCUCUCGUUAUUACUAACUUAAAAAAUUUUUAUUAAAAAUCUUUAAAAAUACUCAGUGUUUAAAAUUUUUGACAAUUAUAAAAAGUCGCAUCUCCCACCUUUAAUAUACACAUAAAUAUUUCCUUCCUAGAGUGGGUUUCUAGUGUGGUGUAAAGAGCAGAUAAAAGCAAUGUCCUUAAGUAUGUAAGAACACAUUUCAUGCAUAUCUCCGUGUUCAUUUUCAUUCGUGACCUGUUAGAAGUAUUUCCAGGACUCUGCAGGUAAAAUGAUGAUGCCUCCCCUGCACCCACUGGUGCUCUCUGGAAAGCAGCUGUGCUCACUGUGCAGGAGCGAAAGCUCUCGGAACCUUCAGUGCUGGCUUUCACUGACGCAAUGCUAAACCGUGUCAGCGCACUGCGCAGUUGGCUUUCCGUUAGGAUUAAUCUUAAUGACAGG